AUGACGACCAGACGACUACGGGAAUUUGUAGAGAGACGCCCAUUGAUUCCACCUAGUGUAUUCAUCACUCGCCAAGGAAAGGACGUCAAAGGCUAUUACCCUGGGCAGCUGGCAAGAGUCCAUAUUGAUUGCAGUGUGAAGAAGUCUCCAAGACCCCUCAUAGACUUGGAAAUUCCACCCAAGAGCAAAACUCCGUAUCAGCCUCAAUUAGAUCAGCAAACCCUCAUUCGAUACAUUUGUUUCAGAAGAUUGUCAAGGCCCACAGACUCAUGGCAUAAUGAAACAACGUACCAAAGAGACUACUCCCUGCCAUUUUACGAGAUAGGUUCUGAUCAGAAAUUAGGCACCAUUUUAUUGAACCCUAGACCACUUAAUUCACUACCCGAAGUCUCCUGUUGUGAUGAGAGAAGCAGCUUUGCAAGAAAUGCUUUCUAAAA